CUGGGGACACGGGCAUCGCGCGUCCAAGACUGCUGAAUCCAUCAACGAAAUAUUCCAUCUUACCGCCACGGUAGAACAGCUUGUUUCGCAUUCUAUUAAUUUCAACAUACACAAGCUUCUUGUUUCUCGCUAGUCUUGAUACAGAAUGGAGCAGAACGAAGAAGUCAACCUUGAAGAGCGCUUGAAAUCUGCUCUCUGGUUGUCGAUUGGAAAGAUCGUGGAUGAAGAGACUAUUAAGCUUGGUGUCAACGCCACCCCUCAGUUCAUCGGCGCUUUGACUGAAAUGGUCUGGGCCCAAAUUGAGACGGUCAGUCAGGAUCUGGAGUCAUUUGCUAAGCAUGCCGGGCGCUCAACAGUCAAUGUCGCAGAUGUGAUGCUACUUGCACGCCGUAACGAAGGACUGGAAUCCAUCUUGCGAGCAUUUGUUGAGCAACAGCGUGAAGAAGAAGCUUAAUUGGUCGGGUUUCUAUUCCCCACACUUGAGCCUUGCACCUUUGCAGACUAAAGUACUAUGUGGCAGUGGGGGCAGAUGGUUGGCGAUUACCCAUCGCUACCACUCAGAAUUGCCUCGACCUUUGUUCUAGAAACCUUGCACGCAGUGCUGCUGAUCUCCCUAGGCUGACAGGUGCUGGACACCAAUGGUUGGACAACCUGGUUGCGCCGUUUCGUGUGACAGCUGCGGGACUUGAUAUUGCUCAGUGUCAUGCGUCGGAUUGCCGGGAAAUAUGACGCCACUGCCCAGCACCCCACAAACUGGAAGACGCGCUUCGCUCCCCGACGCCAUCUCAAGCCACCCCGUUUUCGAUUGUUGGUCGCUUGCACGUUGAGCCACAAUUAGCAAAUUCUUGAACCUGAAUUAGCGCCACUGAAUCCCAGCAAAUCUUGGGAUGGCUAGUUGGGGCUCUAUGAUAUUUCGCAGGCCAAUAGCAUGGCGCCGCGCAGAAUGAAUGCAACAUCGUGGAUGUUGUAAUGGUUGUCAAAGGAACAAGACGCGAUGGAACCAAUCAGAUUCAAUGGCCUAUCAAUACAUCAUGGUCUAUUGAACCUAAUCCAGACGAGCGGCUUAUUGUACUAUAGAUCUAUGAUCUCGGGUGACCAUGAUCAACGUCAUCAAAACGUCUAGGAUCUAUUCGCCUCAGUUAGCACUUCAUAUAAAAUCUAAUUGAAGCUUUCAGAC